AUGGCGAAACAUGCUAUUGCAGCUAUUGAACUUUUCAAAUGCGUAAUUUUAACAAUCAAAAGUGAGGUCAAGGGUCCAUAUAACGUUUUCACAAAUUUUGAUGUUGGUAAAGUUUGUCAUUUUUGGUGUCCAAAAGAAAUGAAAUCCAACAACAUCCCUUCUACCAGUCUGUCGGUAUCCCCUACUACCACCCCUUCAACAUUCCCUUCUACCAGUCCUACAACAUCCCCUUCUACCAGUCCUAUAACAUCCCCUACCACCAGUCCAACUACAUUCUUCUACCACCAGUCAAACUACAUUCUCCAACUACCAGUCCAACUACAUUCUCCUACCACCAGUUCUAUAAACAUCUACUACCAGUCCAACUACAUUCUCCUACUACCAGUCCAACCACUUUUACCACAAGUCCAUCAACAUCCCCCCAAUACAAGUCCAUCCCGUACUACCAAUACAAUAACCACCGUUAAUACCAGUCCAAUAUCACCUAGUAACAUUCGUACAACAUCCCUACUACCAGUCCGCGGGCAUCCCCUAGUACCAGCCUUACAACCCCCAUCAACAUCUCCUGCUAUCAGUCCAACACCACCUGCUUCACCAUUCAACAACAAACCUACUACUAGUCCAAUAGCUCCACAAUUUCCUACUUCCAGUUCAUCUACCUAA